CGCGAACGCCGUCUUAUUUAUCUUGUAAACGCCCUUGUUGCAUACUGUAUCAUCCGAUGUCCCGACACCGCUUUGUACGCAAUAUCAAUGUCAACGAGGAGCUUCAAGAAGAUGUACUAUCGGAUGGUGGAGAAGACGACCUCUCUCCUGCAGAAUAUGAAACAAUGAUGGAUGGCCUUGAGGAAGUCAGGGUAGUCAUCGGCUCUCAAGAGCAUUCAGGAAUCACCGAUCGAGACAUUCAAGACACCUUGCAUUACUACCAAUAUGAUGUUCAGCAAAGUGUCAAUUGGCUCCUAGAGGAGCAGCAACGCAAACAAGUAGCGAAGGAACGUAAAGAGUUCACGAACAAGCCGCUGCCGCCUCCCCCUUCAGAGGAACAAGACGACAUGGGUCUAGAACCAGUUUACUCUGGACCGGGCCUCUCCGGUUCCGGAAGGUCAAACAUACCUCUGAUCAGAUUAGCCCAAAACCAGCCAGAGGAGAUUUACGAGUACUCGGAAUCCAGUUCCUCUAAUGGACCCAGGCGAAAGCUCAGCACCAUCACUGAGAAAACAGAGCAGUCCAGUGAUGCAGGGAGUAUGACACCUAAGGCCCUGGCACCUCCAGAAUUACCUCGAUCGUCAUAUGCCACUUCAUUCGCGAGUACCACAGAUUAUGGUCAGGUGCUAGAACGCGGAAUAAUGAGCCCCAAUAACGUGGGCCCGUCUCCGUCGCUCACAGCUUUACACCACCUUUCCUAUCAUGAGUCAGUUCCAUCCGUGACGCCAUCUGCGACUCGCACUCCCACCUCAAUCUCGCCUCCUGGCUCCUCGGGCGUGCAGCUGCCAUCCCUUGAUUCCAUUCCAGACAUUCCAUCACUGCUGACGAAGAAGUCAACGGUACGCGUCGCCAGUGAGGCAAAGUCCACAAAGUCGAAGCUUUCUGCACUCGCUAGCUCUAGGUCUAGCGCUAGAUCUGCUCUUAGUAGUCGCUCAAGUGUCAGCAGUCUCAGUUCGGGGUCUUAUACUUCGGACGAGGGAUCCACACUCACCUACCCUGCUCUGCGACCUGCCGCGACUUCCAUGUUGUCACUUGAAUCAUCCCACUUGUCGUCAAUCGCCGGGCGGGCCGUCGAGACAGCAAUGGAACUCGAAGCUAUGGACCGUGCAGCGGCAAUGGCGCAGCGAGAGACCGAACAGUUGUCAGAACACUCUGUUCCCGGCUCUCCACCACAAUCCUCAUUCCGUUCCCAUGCAUCUCGUACACCUAUUUCUCGUGAGCCCUCAUUUUCGCCUGAGACGCCUAGGUCUCCACAGUCAUCACGUAGCGCGACUCCGCGAGGUGUAACCCUCAUCCAGUCGAUACCGCCGACACCGGAGCUUCCGUAUGCGUCUCCUCAUCCGCCCCCCGACGUGUCGCCUGAGCAUACCGUUCCGAGUAUAGCUCAAGCUCCAUCUCCAGCUGGUAUGCAUGGCCGCCAGCCCUCGAAGCUUGCCAUGCUGGCACAAGCCAAGGUUCAGCAAGCGCAGGCAAAGACACAACAAUCCCCAUGGAUGCCAAAGCCGAAGAAGCAGACCGAGAAGCCGGCACAGCCAAGCAUAAUUUUGCAUAAAACCCGCACCCAAUAUCUUGACCCGAUCGCGAAUGGACCCACCGCUACUACGGCCAUCACUACAUCGUACCAGAGUCUCAGUAGUCUCCUGACGCCCGUGCAAUCUGCAUUGCCACCAUCGCGCAAGCUGGACCUUUCUGUGUCGCAGUCUGAGCGAUCCGGAUCGGAGCCGCGACAGUCGAAGUUGGCGAUGAAGAGCAGGAAUGCUCACAAGAAGUCUGCAGUCGAGGCUUUACCUGAGGAAACUCAGCCGGAGCCCGAAAAUCCGCUGUUCUCGCCAAAGGCUACCCGUUCUCGUGCGUCACCGUCGGCCUUCGCUUCCCUUCUCGUGGAUGACGCUUCUCUCAUGAUUUUCGAAGACAAGUCACUGACGUCCGGUUCGAGGAAAACCGAAAGCCGCGACGGAAUGCGUUCACCAAGAUAUCGAACGACGGACGUAUCCCCUACUAGCUUUCAUGGCGAGCGUAGUCGCGGACCUUCACGGAAACGGGAAACCAUGCUACCUGCAGUGACAGAGUUGGCUCCACUCAGCAGCUUUGGCUUCGAUGUCCCCAGUCCGGACGAUAUUGUCUUCAACGCACGGCGCGGAACCUCUUUGGCAUCACGCUCGGCUUCCGCUUCUUCUCGUUUGGCUCGUUCUUCACCUCCCGUUUCUUCACCUAGUCGUCCUGUUGCUGUUGAUUCCGCCGUGUAAUUCACAUGUACUGACCGUGUGCUAACUAUUUUUAUAUAUCUGUAUUAAUAGCUGCC